AUGGGCUCCCAGGUUGUGCAGACCCUGCGUCAGGGAGUCUGGGCAUCUCUGACCGGGGGCUGGUACCACGAACCGGACCAGAACAAAUUCAACAACUCCUGCCACCUCUAUCUGUGGAUAUUCCUCCUUAUGUUGCCCCUGUCUCUCCAUCUGGCCCUGCCCCCUACCACUGUGGCUUUGAGCAUCUACUGCACCUCCAUCACCGUCUUCUUCAUCCUCAUCAAGCUGGCCAACUACCGCCUGCACCUGAUGUUCGAUGAGGGUGAGGCGGUGGUCCGCAGCAGCCUCUCUGACCUUAGCAAGGCCCAGGAGAAGAAAAGCAAUGCCUCGGACUCCUGCCUGCCCGCCAACAUCAGGAAGAGCAGCACAGUCCCCGACAGCGUUGCCAUGACGAUGCUGGCUCGUAAUAAGCGCCCUAGUCCGGUGAUCCAGGUGACAGUGAAGCAGACCGAAACCAACCCGGGACUGAUUGGGGUGGACUGUUCAAAGUCAGAUGAGGUGAAGACCUUGGAAGGACAGGGUGAGAGCGCUGCUGAGGAGAAGCCUGUGGAGGGAGGGCUGCACCCAAACCCAGAGCCUUCUCCAGAUGACCUCUCCAGUCCCAAUCCUGACCAAGCGGCCCCCCUGCUGCAGGCCCAGCAGAGGCCCCCAUCCCGAGCUGAAAGAGAAGAGAUGCGGCCUGGAUCUGCUAGUGGGAAAAUGGAUGCAGAGAUAAUUGAAACUGGAGCUGUGAAAGAAGGAAUGGACAUUCAGAGCUCUUUGACGGGGACUGAGCAGGAAAGAACAGCAGAGAAAGACUCGGAGCAGGACAGGAUAGAGGAGAAAGACUGCGAAGACAAAGAGACUGCAGACAGGGAAACAGCUGAUGAAGGUCUGCCUCCCUCCAAGGGAAGCGAAGAUGAGAGCGAGGAGGAGAGUGAGGGGCAAAAAGAGCCCUCAGAUCCCAACAAUAACUCACUGGAGACUCCCAAGGACCGCCAGGAUGAUUUCAUUGAUGUCCCAGAACCUCCUGCACAGACUGAACCGCCGGAGGAGACGUACUGUUCUGAUGAGAUUGAAGUGGUUCUGGUGGACAACUCUGGCCCCGGGCCUGCGACGGUUCAACUGGACGACAGCGACACGGUCAAGAUCAUCAUCACCAUGAGCUGUGACCCUCAGACUGCUGCUCAGCUGGAGGAGAGCGUCAAGCAGAGCAUUCUGGAGAAUGCUCAGGCUCAGAAGGAUGCGGGAGAAUGUCACAUCAAGAUCCCCGUCAUCACCUUCGACUCCCCUGAGGAGGAGAAGCAGGAGGUGGAAGAGGGAGAAGAAGCGGCUGGCUCAGAGGACGACCCCACCCCAACACAGCAAGAGACAACGGGCGAAGAGUUUCACCUUUGUAAAGAAACAACCAGCUCUGAGUCGACCACACUGGAGUGUCCAGAUCCAGACCAGGAACAUCUCGGUCUGCAGAUGACUACUGACAGCACACCGAGCCCACAGCUGACGAACGAUAACAGCUCAUCGGGGAUUGAUGUCCACUCCCACCAUGAUGACACAGACCCUCUGGAUCCGAACGUGGAUUCACAAGGGUUCCUGCGUCUGCCGCCAGCUUUGGGCCGCUACGGCCCCGGUGGAAGGACUCACAUCCGAGGGCUGAGCAUGGACAGUGGGAAAGAUGCUGUCAUGCUUUCAGACCGCUCACACAACACAACCACCAUGACCAGUUCCAAGUCAGAUCUGGAAGCAAAGGAGGGCCAGAUUCCCAACGAAUCCAACUUCUUGGAGUUUGUUUCCUUGUUGGGGUCCCUCAGCAUCAGAGGGGGUGGGGCCAGCACACAGGAAGAGGAGGGGCCGGAACACAAACAGGAAGUGGAAGCUGCGGAGGAAGAGAAUCUGAGUAUGACUUCCAGACCCGAUGAUACAGUAACAGAGACCAAGACAGAAAGCAAACCAGAGAGACCCAAACCGCCCACCAGCCUGCCUACCGACACACUACAGGCUCUACCACCCACACAUAUCCCAAUAGUCUCCCCUGACAGGUACUUGAUUGCGUUUUCUCUCUUCAGUCCACAGACUGACAGAGAGAAAGAUCCGGACUAUGAUUCCCUGCCUUCACAAACCUCACAGUCAGAGAGCUCCAUGCUGCAGGUCAUCUGCAGACCAGAGGCCACCAACAAAGAAGAGGCCUACACCUUCCAUACUGUACACAGAGACAGGCCUCGUAAGCUGUAUGCAGAGAGAGCCCUCAACCUGCCACUAGGAGCCGAGCUCAUCACUGGCAACAUGUGUGACCUGCUGUCGACUUCCUCCAACUCGGAGUGUCAGGACGGCCUGGUGGGAGGUCACGCUGACUGUCCUUUCCAGCGACGCAUCAUCCCUGCGCAUAGGCUUCGGCCACGAAGGACGCACCCGGAGAUCUUCCAGGAAGAGGACUCUUUGGAUGAAUCAUCAGAGACUUCCACUCAGGAAAAACCAACCCGGAAGAUUUACUACAAACUUGAACUGUUUCCCGGGAAGUGGAUCAACAUUUUAUACGACCGACUCACCCUGCUUGCUCUUUUGGACAGAAACCAGGAUGUUCUGGAGAAUCUGGUGGCAGUCUUCAUGGCCUUCCUGGUUUCCUUCCUUGGUUUUGUGCUACUCAACCACGGCUGCUUCAAAGACUUCUGGGUCUUCCAGUUUUGCCUGGUCAUUGCCAGCUGCCAGUAUUCCUUACUGAAGAGUGUUCAACCAGAUGCGGCUUCCCCAACACAUGGUCACAACCAGCUGGUGGCCUACAGUCGAGCGGCCUACUUCUGUAUUUUCUGCGCUCUGAUCUGGCUGCUGGAGCAGCUGCUGAGGCGGAAGGACCUGCCCGUCUCCACCCUGUACGGGGUCACCAUCGUCUGCCAUGACGCAUUGGGCUUCUUAAGAGACGUGUUAGUGGGUUUUACCUACUGCUUCCCAAUCACCUUCCUGGUGGGCCUUUUCCCUCAGAUCAACACCUUCACCAUUUACCUGCUGGAGCAGAUUGACAUGCAUUUUUUUGGAGGGACAGCUGCUACGAGUCUCAUCUCUGCAGUCUACAGCAUCCUACGCAGUCUGAUCGCUCUGUCUCUGCUCUACGGUUUCUGCUUCGGAGCUCUCAAGGAGCCGUGGGAUGAGCAGCACACCCCAGCUCUGUUCUCUGGUUUCUGUGGCCUUUUGGUAGUUUUCUCCUACCACCUCAGCCGACAGAGCAGUGACCCCUCUGUACUACUAUCUCUGAUCAAGUCAAAGAUAAUGCCUGCCUUGGGAGAGAGUGAGGAAGAGGAGGAGGAAGCUACAGACAUUAAAGACCCACUGCCUGAGAAACUGCAGAGCUCGAUGAAGGAGAUUCUGCUGUCGGAUGUGGUCGUGUGCUCUGUCGCCUACAUCCUAACCUUCGCUAUAACCGCGAGUACCGUGUUCCUGUCUCUCAAGCCCUUUGUGACCAUUGUGCUGUACGCUCUGGCGGGAACAGUGGGCUUUGUCACCCACUACCUGAUCCCCCAGCUGAGGAAGCACCACCCUUGGUUGUGGAUCUCCCACCCGGUCCUCAAGACGAAGGAGUACCACCAGUUUGAACCCAGAGAGGACGCUGUGCUGAUGUGGUUCGAGCGACUGUAUGUGGGGCUCCUGUGCUUCGAGAAGUACGUGGUGUACCCCGCCAUCGUGCUGAGCGCACUCACUAAUGACGGCUUCGCCCUCAGUCACCGCAAGAAGCUGGGAAUCCACUGUGAUGUUCUCCUGACGACAGUCGCUGGACUGAAACUCCUGCGUUCAUCCUUCUGCAACCCCAGCUUCCAGUUCCUCACUCUGCUCUUCACACUCGUCUUUUUCCACUUCGACUGCCCGCGCGCCUCCGAGAGCUUCCUGCUGGACUUCUUCAUCAUGUCUAUCAUCUUCCACAAGAUGCGUGAGCUGUUGCUGAAGCUCCAUUUCAUCCUGGUUUACAUCGCUCCUUGGCAGAUCGCCUGGGGCAGCGCUUUCCACGCCUUCGCUCAGCCGUUUGCAGUGCCUCACUCGGCUAUGCUGCUGCUCCAGACGUUGCUCACCACCAUCUUCUACACCCCGCUGGCCCCCUUCCUGGGCAGCGCCAUAUUCAUUUCCUCCUAUCCACGGCCCAUCAAGUUCUGGGAGCGAAACUACAACACGAAGCGUAUUGACAACUCCAACAGCAGACUGGUGUCCCAAGUGGAUAAGGAGACAGGCUGUGAUGAUAACAACCUAAAUUCCAUCUUUUACGAGUACCUGACUCGCUCGCUGCAGCAUUCACUUUGUGGCGACCUCAUGCUGGGCCGAUGGGGCAACUACAGCGCCGGAGACUGUUUCAUUCUGGCUUCUGACUACCUCAACGCCCUGGUCCAUCUGAUCGAGAUCGGCAACGGGCUGGUCACUUUCCAGCUGAGGGGUCUGGAGUUCAGAGGUACAUACUGCCAGCAGCGAGAGGUGGAGGCCAUCACAGAGGGUGUGGAGGAGGACGACGCGUGCUGCUGCUGCGAGCCGGGCCACUUGCCUCACAUGCUGUCAUGCAACGCCGCUUUCAACCUGCGCUGGCUGGCCUGGGAGGUGAUGGCCACCAAGUACCUGCUGGAGGGUUACAGCAUCAGUGAGAACAACGCCGCCACCAUGCUGCAGGUGUACGACCUCCGAAAGCUGCUCAUCACCUACUACCUGAAGAGUAUCAUCUACUACCUGGUCCACUCGCCCAAACUGUCCACCUGGCUGAAGGACGCCGCCAUCCAGGAGGCACUGCAGUCCUACACCAAGUGGCACCACAUUGAGCGCGACCCUCAGGUGUUUAGUGUGAAGAUCGAUGAAGACUACGUGCACUGCCUGCAGGGGGUGACGCGAGCCAGCUUCUGCAAUGUCUACCUGGAGUGGAUCCAGUACUGCGCUGGGAAGAUGGAGACGCCUGUGGAGAGCGAUGAAGACUCUCCUCUGGUUACUCUGUCCUACGCUCUCUCUGUCCUGGGGAGGAGAUCCCUCGGCACGGCGUCACACAACAUGUCCAACAGUCUGGAAUCAUUUCUGUACGGUUUCAACACCCUGUUUAAAGGCGACUUCCGCAUCGCCACAAAAGACGAGUGGGUUUUCGCUGAUCUGGACCUCCUGCAGAAAGUGGUGGCUCCUGCUGUCAGAAUGAGCCUCAAACUGCACCAGGAUCACUUCACCUGUCUGGAGGAGACCGAGGAGGCGUCCAUCUUGUACGAAGCCAUCACAAACUACCGCAGCAGCCUGGUCAUCUGCCACGAGAGUGACCCUGCGUGGCGUAAGGCGGUGCUAUCGAGCCGCGACACGCUGCUCACGCUGAGACACAUGAUCGAUGACGGCACGGACGAGUAUAAGAUCAUCAUGUUAUACAAACGCCACCUCAGCUUCAAGGUUAUAAAGAUCAAUAAGGAGUGUGUGCGAGGUCUGUGGGCGGGCCAGCAGCAAGAGCUGGUGUUUCUCCGGAACCGAAACCCGGAACGCGGCAGCAUCCAGAACUCAAAGCAAGCGCUGAGGAACAUGGUCAACUCGUCCUGCGACCAGCCGCUGGGAUACCCCAUGUAUGUGUCACCACUGACAACAUCGUACGCGGGAACACACCGUACGCUCCGCAGCAUUGGAGGAGGGGCUUUAAGUCUGGACUCCAUUCGUUCCUGGCUCUGCACUAAAUGGUUACGGGUGCGUAAGGACAACCUGACCAGCUGUAACAGCGGCGUGAACAUGGAGGAUGUGGACUGCGGUGCCGGUGGUUCGUCCUCGCUGAGUCACAACCGCCCGUCCUCCGUCACUUCCAACAGCUUGAGCCUCUACCAGCAAAGAGCCAGGACCACACACAGCCACAGACACCACAACGCAGCUAGGAGAGAGUACCGCAGUCGGUCAGUGCAGCCUCAGAGUCAGCGCCCCCCCGUCAGCAGCCAAUCGGGGCCCAUCCUGGACUCAGGCUCCACCCAUGGGCUCGUCCAGCGUCUGUCCAACAGUCAACUGUCCUUCAACACGUCCAUAGCCUCUAUAUUCUCCCAGGUCCCUCGUCUCUCAGGAGCAGGAGGGAUCAGCUCGCAGCUCCAGGCAGCGCAGCAUCAGCAGCGCUCCAGCCAGGUCUCCUCGUCUUCGUCCACUCUCAGCCUGCUGUUUGGGAAGCGUAGUUUCUCCAGCGGCCUGGUUAUCUCUGGGCUGUCUGCCGCUGAAGGGGGCAACACCACCGAUACGCAGUCGUCGUCCAGCGUCAACAUCGCCAUCGGGCCCUCACACAGGUCCAGCAGCAGGGCCACACAGUGGACAUCAGAGCCAUAUGAGAGUAUAGACGCGACUUAUUCCAACGCAGCCGUCACAGCGAAAGACGGCACACAGUCAGGUGACCGAGGCCAGGUCACCAGCCAGGGAUUAGAGAAGACACAGGAAGAGUCAGAAUCUUCCUCAACAGCUCCAGAGGCAACGGAUCAAAAGACUGUCUGAGAGAGGGAGAACACAAACACACACACACACACACGCACACACACAUAUGAGAGUGCCCAUACUCAUACCACGUACAGAGAGGACUGUAUAAAAAGUUACACGUAUACACAAACAUACAGUGGAUUGUAUGAGAGAGCACCCAUGCACACAAACCUGCCUCCUCUCCUGUCCUCAGCAUGUGGUCUCACCCCGUUGUCUGAAUGUAAACAAGUGUGAAAACAUGGAUCUUGGCUCCGGUUGAUGAAUUAAAGACGUUUUUAAAUGA